CCGGAAAUGAAGCAUUGGUCCCACCCCCGCGCCUGCUACCUCGCGAGACUUCGUGAGCUCCUCCCUUUUCCCUUUCGCCACCGUCAUGCCAUCCAGACUGAGGAAGACCCGGAAACUCCGGGGCCACGUGAGCCACGGCCACGGCCGCAUCGGUAAGCACCGCAAGCACCCAGGCGGCCGCGGGAACGCUGGAGGCAUGCAUCACCACCGGAUCAACUUUGACAAAUAUCACCCAGGUUACUUUGGGAAAGUUGGUAUGAGGCAUUACCACCUGAAGAGGAACCAGAGCUUCUGCCCAACUGUCAACCUGGAUAAACUGUGGACGUUGGUCAGCGAGCAGACACGGGUCAAUGCAGCAAAAAACAAGACUGGAGUUGCUCCUAUAAUUGAUGUUGUUCGAUCAGGCUACUACAAAGUUCUGGGCAAGGGAAAGCUCCCUAAGCAGCCUGUCAUCGUGAAGGCCAAAUUCUUCAGCAGAAGAGCUGAAGAGAAGAUUAAGGGUGUUGGAGGUGCCUGUGUUCUGGUGGCUUAGAAGCCACAGGAGGUUAAUUAAAUGCUAACAUUUUCCACGUG